CGUGGGUGAGUGACAGCUCUGUCCUCCAAUACACAGCGCCAUCGGUCCUGACUUCUCUGGCUUCUGGGCUAGAAAAGAGCGUUGGUGCGGGUGGUAGAGAUGAGUCCCUGCUGGCUCCCACAGCCCAGAGUCGCCGAGGAGCGGCCGCUGCUCCUGGUCUCUUUGCAGAUAUACUCCUGUUCUUGAGCAUCAUCCCACUGAGAACACCGGGGAGUUCAGCCACCAGCAUGUCUAAGCACAGACUUGUUAUACUGAGACAUGGGGAGGGCGAAUGGAAUAAGGAGAACCGAUUUUGUAGCUGGGUGGACCAGAAACUUAACAGCGAAGGACUGCAGGAAGCUCGGAACUGUGGGAGGCAGCUUAAAGCCCUGAACUUUGAGUUUGAUCUCGUCUUCACAUCCAUGCUGAACCGCUCCAUUCACACAGCCUGGCUGAUCCUGGAAGAGCUGGGGCAGGAGUGGGUUCCUGUGGAGAGCUCCUGGCGUCUCAAUGAGCGUCACUACGGAGCCUUGAUUGGUCUCAACAGGGAGAAAAUGGCUCUGAAUCAUGGUGAAGAGCAGGUGAGACUCUGGAGGAGAAGCUACAGCGUGACCCCGCCUCCCAUUGAGGAGUCUCAUCCUUACUUCCACGAGAUCUACAAUGACCGGAGGUAUACAGUGUGUGACGUGCCCCUGAGUCAGCUGCCACGUUCAGAAAGCUUGAAGGAUGUUCUGGAAAGGCUUCUUCCCUACUGGAAGGACAGGAUUGCUCCUGAAAUACUAAAGGGCAAAACUGUUCUGAUAUCUGCUCACGGGAACAGCAGUAGAGCCCUCCUGAAAUAUCUAGAAGGUAUCUCAGACGAUGACAUCAUCAACAUCACUCUUCCCACGGGGGUUCCCAUUCUGCUGGAGUUGGAUGAGAACCUGUGUGCUCUGGGGCCUCACCAGUUCCUGGGUGACCAGGAGGCCAUCCGGGCAGCCAUCAAGAAAGUGGAUGAUCAAGGCAAAGUGAAACAAGGCAAAAAAUAAAACUCGUCCCCAGUG